AGCUCCAACAAUGACUGUGUCUUUGUCUCUGCAGAGCUCGCCUGCACAGCCUGUCGAGUCAGUGUGAGAACUUCUCUGAGGGCUUUAAAAUGAGAAAGGAGGGCAGAUUGAUCCGCUGGGUCUGGUGGAUUUUGCUUGUGACAGCCUUGUUCCUGCUGGGCUUCAUCAUAGGCUGGUUUGCAAAGCCCUCACACACCAACAAAGAAGACCACAAAGCUUCAAAUGAGUAUUUGAGGGAGUUUCUGGAUGAAAUGCAGGCAGACCGGAUCAGAGAGCAUCUCAGAAAAUUUACUCGCCUCCCCCAUCUGGCUGGUACCGAGCAGAACCUGAAGUAUGCCGAGCAGAUCAAAGAGGAGUGGCAGGAGUUUGGGCUGGACUCAGUGGAGAUGGUGCCCUACGACGUCUUGCUAUCGUACCCCAACAAGUCCCAGCCAAACUACAUCUCCAUUGUUGAUCAACUGGGCACUGAGGUUUUUGUGACGUCGUUGGCUGAGCCAGUUCCACAGGGUUAUGAAGAUGUGACAGAUAUUGUGCCUCCAUUCAGUGCUUUCUCUGCCAAAGGACAACCCGAGGGGGAUCUGGUGUACGUGAACUACGGACGCACAGAGGAUUUCGUCCAGCUGCAAAGAGAGAUGGGCAUUAAUGUGACAGGGAAGAUUGUCAUUGUCAGAUACGGAAAAAUAUUCAGAGGCAAUAAGGUGAAGAACGCCAUGCUGGCCGGAGCGAAGGGAGUCAUCAUGUUCUCAGACCCGGCUGAUUACUGGGCAACCGGAGUUCAGCCCUACCCUGACGGCUGGAACUUGCCUGGUGGAGGAGCUCAGAGGGGAAAUGUACUCAAUCUGAACGGAGCAGGAGACCCACUGACGCCAGGGUACCCAGCUAAAGAAUACACAUACAGAUUCAGCAUGGAGGAAGGGGUGGGACUUCCGGACAUCCCUGUACAUCCAAUUGGCUUCAAUGAUGCAAUUCACCUACUAAAGAACAUGGGAGGACAAAUUCCACCCAACAACUGGAAAGGGGCUCUGAAUGUGUCCUACAGGAUUGGACCGGGCUUCACCGAUGAUAUCAAGAGCCAGAAGGUGCGCAUGAACAUUUACAGCAACAACCAGAUAACCAGGAUCUAUAAUGUGAUCGGAAAGAUCAGAGGAGCUCUGGAGCCAGACAGAUACGUGAUCCUGGGAGGACACCGCGAUGCUUGGGUGUUUGGAGGAAUUGAUCCCAUGUCUGGAGCAGCAGUGAUUCAUGAAGCAGUGAGGAGCGCUGGGCUGCUGCUUGGAAAAGGAUGGAGACCGAGGAGGAGCAUUAUAUUUGCGAGCUGGGACGCAGAGGAGUUUGGCCUGCUGGGAUCUACAGAAUGGGCAGAGGACAAUGCCAGGCUGCUGCAGCAGAGAGCUGUGGCUUACAUCAACGCAGACUCUGCCAUAGAGGGGAUGUACACACUGAGAGUCGACUGCACUCCGUCACUGCACACUUUGGUCUAUGACCUCACCAAGCAGAUAGCCAGUCCAGAGGAAGGAGAGGAAGGAAUUUCUUUGUAUGAGAGCUGGCACAAAAGGGACAACUGGACUAAUGACCGCGACGCUCCAAGGAUCAGUAAACUCGGGUCUGGAAGCGACUUUGAGGCCUAUUUUAUCCGACUGGGAAUUGCUGCAGGCAGAGCCAGAUACACAAAAGACAUGAAAACUGAGCGCUACAGCAGCUAUCCGGUCUACCACAGUGUGUACGAAACCUUUGAGAUUGUGGAACAGUUUUAUGACCCGUCCUUCCGGAGGCUGCGGGCGGUGGCUCAGGUGAGAGGAGGUCUCACCGUCCUAUUGGCCAAUUCCCAGCUGCUUCCGCUUGAUGCUAACGAGUAUGCAGAUGCACUGGGUAAGUACGCCCAGAGCAUCGCGCAGCUGGCUGCGAAGAACCCAGAUGAAAUGGUGAAGUACGAGGUGUCAUUUGAUUCCCUGUUUUCUGCAGUACAGAACUUCACUGUUGCAGCCAGAGAUUUCCAUGAACGUCUGAAAACCCUCAACAGGGACGAUCCCCUGCAGGUGCGGCUUGUGAACGAUCAGCUCAUGUACCUUGAAAGAGCCUUUAUUGACCCACUUGGUUUACCUGGCAGACCCUUUUACAGACAUGUGAUCUUUGCUCCCAGCAGCCAUAACAAAUAUGCAGGCGAGUCCUUCCCUGGGAUCUACGACGCCUUGUUUGACAUCCAGAACUCAGCCGACCCAAAGAAGGCAUGGCAAGAGGUCAAGCGGCAAAUCAGCAUAGCUGCCUUCACCGUCCACGCCGCAGCCAUGACGCUGACCCCGCCUGCAUGAAUCCUUCUAGAUGGGAUGAAAAACACACAUGACUUCCUGCGCACAUACAGAAGAAAGAUGUUUUUUGCUGUCAUUCUUGAGAACACCUUUGAUCAGUUUUCAGACGAUAACAAUACGCUUCAUGUUUUUAUAUAUUUUGCUUUACAAUGCACGUCAAUGGAAUUAAACCCUCAUAUGUGAACCCACACUAACUAGUUUUGAAGCUAGGAAAACCGUGGUAGAUUGAUAAAAGAAAGCUACCCUUUUUUAUUGAUUAUAAUUUUAGAUAAAGUAUCAGUUAUUUUUUACUCACUGGCACAAAAUAAAUCAAUGAACAAUGAUAACAUGGAUGCUUGUUAAACACAAUAAAACAAAAUAGAAAGAUGAAAGCUAAGAGACACCUCUUAGAAAAAAGUAGUCUAUUUAAGCACUGUAUACUUAGACAAAUAUACUUAGUAUAUAUACUAAAAGUGAGGCUGUAAACUUGGUGUUUGAUUUACUAUCUACAUGUGUAAAUUGUAAACUUAAAAUAUUCCAAUUUAAUCUAAAGAGUCAUUCAGUUAGUAUACUUCCUACACUACACUUACUAUAGUAAACUUGCUAUACUUAUAGUCAAAUAUACCCUAAUGAAAUAAAUUCCAUGUGUACUACUUUUUGCUUUUUUCCCAGCACUUCCAGCUGGGAAUUAUUUUUAAAAUGUCUGCAUUAGCUUGUUCAGUAUAUUGAGUUAUCAUGGUUAUAUGCAGCUUAAACCUUAAAUCAAUCCUGAGAGGGAAAUCAUGAGUGAUAAAAAGUAAAUACAGGAUCCAGUUUGCUGCAGCCAAAGUGCCUCGCAGUAAAAGACAAAGCUCAAAUAUCACACAUUAGCUUGGUUUCUUCUGAAAAACAUCCACAUUUGCAACAAACACAAGCAGUUAAAAUAAAGCUCGUUGUUUUUGCACAGUUCAAAGAGCCAAGAAACAGGAGGAUUUCCAAACAUUCAAGAAACUGAGUUCUGUCUCCUCCCCAGGAGGGCGCUACACUCAAACGCUCUAUUGUCUGCUGUUCAAAUUUUUGCCCUCAAAUUAGAAAUUUUCAACAAUAUGCAAUACUUUAUAAAACAUCAAAAGUACACAUUCAUGCAUUCAUUCUAUCACCCUCUAAACAUGUUUUUUUCUCUUUCGGGGUCACAGGGUUGCCGGAGCCUAUCCCAGCCACUCGUGGGUUGUUGUUUUUUUACACAGAACAAUAUUUUCACUUAAAGGGUCUAUACUAUAAUAUUCUUAAGCUGUUUAGAGUAAAUUAUAUUCAUGCAUAUGAUAAUAUAUUAUCUUUGGCACACUAAAGACCAAAUGAUUUUUGAAAUAAGAGUUAUUUUCCCAGUUUAUUUGACUACCCGGAAGUAAGAUAACUCGAUCUUUGAAGCUCUGCCUUUUGCUCCGUGUGGAUGACGCCCAUUUAAUGAUGUCAACCUAGAGCCGGCCUCAGCAGUUUGUCUGGGACUCGCCCACAAAAACAAACCACAUCCAAACUUUUGCAAAGAUGGGUGCAUACUGUGCAUACAAAAGAAAUGAUUUUAAGUUUUUGAUGACCACCGCUAGCUCCGCGGAGAAAGUGGGUGUAUGCGUUGGCCUAGAGGUGGUGCUGGCAGCACAGACUUCCUAGAAGGGGCUGUUCUCACUUUCGUACUUAUGAAUGUGAGAACUCGUUUUCAUGGGUUGGGAAGUGCUGGUGCUCAGAUAACAGGUUUUUAGAGUAAUACUCAGGAAUGUGUGAAUGGAUCAAAAUACCGCUUUGGGGUUUUUUUUCAUGAGGAAUUAAUAGUAUAAUACACUUAAACGCUCAAAAAGUAGAUUUAGCAUAAAAUAGGUCCUUUAACUAUAUAAUUUUAAGGAAAAAUUCAGCCUAUAAUGACUGCAACUAACAACGAGUUCACAUUUCAUCUGGUUCAAACGUGGAUAGCACAGUGGUUAGUACUCUCGCCUCACAGUAAGAAGGCAUUGGUUUAAAUCCCAUUUGAGUAUUUUCUGCAUUGAGUUUGUAUGCUCUCCUUGUGGGUUUUCUCUAGAAACUCCAGCUACCUCCAGUGGUCCAAAAAUGUAUUCUGUGGGUUUGUUGGUGACUCUUGUCACUACGUGUGGAAGUGGGAGUGUGUUGUUGUGUAGCCUUGCAGUGGACUGGUGACCUGCCCAGGGUGUACCAUCCCCUUGCCCAAUGGUAGGUAGGAUAGUUGGUCAUACCCUGUGACCCCCAAAAGGAUCAAGUAGUUUUGGAUAAUGCAUGAAGGAUCGCAAUUCUAGAUCCAUUUCAUUCGACACAAAACAAAUAGGAAUUAUUUCACAAAAAAUGAUUGUAAGUGUUAAUUUGUACUGUUUGAUUUUAAAAAAAAGCUUGAAAUGUUCUUUUUGUUGGCAUUUGUACUUCAGAAAUCAUUUCUAUAGUACAAAUAAUUUCCUGUUAAGUAUAAAAUUAUCUUGGUGGAACUGGACUGAAGACAACUUAAUUGAAGAAGAAAAUCCACCAAAAUCAAGAAUCACCUUUUUAAAAAAGGAUUGUCCAUAAAUUAUAAAUCUUAAAAAACACUAAGAUAAAGUAGGAGUUGGGGACAUUUUUUUUCUUUUUCUUCCUUGAUUGAAUAAAAGAUCAAAGAGUUAAAGGCCAUGGGCUAAUUAGCUGUUGCCAGCGGUAGCUCUGGUUUCAAAGGAUUAAAUAGUUAUGGCCCGCAGUAGCAGUCACUGACUGCAAGGACCCCAUUGUUUUUGCAGUUGGAAAGAUUUCAGCAUGUUAAGGCGAAAAUUUGACCCCCCCCCCCCCCCACACACACACACACCCCACCCCCACACCCCCACACACACACACACAUGCUGAAAAAGUCACCAAAAUUUUCCACUCACCUAGGACCCAGCGAAAAUGAAUUUUCGGCAAAGUGAAUGACACCCCCCCAAGACGAUGACAUCACAGCUAGCGAUAACAAAAAAAAAAGAAUGCGCAUGAAGUCAAAUAAAAGAAGAAACAAAACUAAGUAACAAAACCAAAACACACAUGUCAAAGAUAUCCCAAGGAAAUUUUUAUAUGAUUAUGGGAUGGCCACACAACCUACAUGGCCAUUUUGUGGCAAACUUCGAGAAUUGGCUAUUUUCGUGUUUUUAGACUUACUGACUUGAUUUCAUUUUGUUAAUCCUAUGUAGUGACUUUGCAUCUCUGGACUUUAUAACUUGUCCGCCAUGCUUGUGUGUCGUGCACUUUCAGUUCCGACAUCAGUGUGAAAGCGUGGAGAAAGUAUAAAGGGCCAUUUGAUUGGCUGAAAGCGAGCACGCCUGCUUUGCUGAUAAUUUUGAUUGACAAAUUCAUUAGCCACAAGUGACAUUAGUUGACCUGCAGUGUGAAGGGAGUCUCAAUAUUCACAGUAGAGAAAUCUCUCAUAAAUGUGGGGAGAUUCACAAAUAAGAGCGGGUUUGUGAAUGCACAUUCUAAAAUUCAGACGAUCUGUGAGUUCAUGUUACAGGUGUGCCUAAGAAUUGUGUUUGUGAAGCAUCUAUUAUGCAUUUCUGAAAAAUUUAUUGUGAAUUUCUGAAAAAUUUAUAGGGAAUUUCUGAAAAAUGUAUCGUGUUUUUGUGAAACACUGAGUGUACAUUUGUGAGAAACUCUUAUUGUGCAUGUGUGAAACACAAUGUUUGUGUUUGUGAAACACAGGGUGUGCAUUUGUGAAACACGUGUGUAUUUCCAAAUAUAUAUUGCACGUUUGCGUAAAAUUACAGUUGUGAAUCAGAGCGUGUGUAUUUGUGAAACAGGUUGUGUGCAUUUCUGAUUUUUGACACUGAAUUAAUUCCGUACCUUUAAAAUGCUGUGCUCCACCCAUUGUAGGUUUACAGCAGAGCAUGAAAUACAAUAGCUGCUUUCUGAUUUUGUAAUAAAAUGCUUCAAAUGUUCAUCCAGUGGCAGUCGAUACAGAGGCAAAAAAUUAAUUAAAUUAAAAAAAACUGGGCUAUUGUGUUCAAUAGUGCUGCAAGAUAUGAGAUGUAAGACAUAUCUUUCCAGUACUUGCCCCUUUUUCUAUCAAGCUGUCCGGUCUAUCCAUGUACAUGUGUGAAGUUAGGUUUUUCUUAAAUUUUCAUCAUCAUCAAUGUUAACAAUGUUCUCAGUGACUGCAUUCUCAUAUUGCUUUAAAUAAAUGCAAGUUAAGUGA